GACCCACACAUAGCAGAAGCUUCAGAAGUUGCAGAACUAGUACUGAUCCCUGACCCCCUGACCAGACCAAGUACGGUGUGACUACGGACCAUCAUCUGAGCCCCAUCGUCUUCUUCUUCGCUCAACUCACUGUGUGUCUAUUGCUUCACUUCCAGAGCUUCUCAUCCUCGCCAAAUACCCUUGGCACAGAGCGGAUUAUGAUCUGAACAAGGAUUAGAGAGAGCCAAAGCGCAAGCCAUGAAUCCACUAGAGGCUUCAAAGGAGCUACCUUUCCGGGUCGGGUUCACAGGGCACAGCGGUCACCUCACAAUCGAGCCUCUAUCUCCCGUGGAGCGGCCUAAUCCUAUAGAUUCGCUCCCCUUCGUUCUUCCUCCUGCAUUCCCAGAGGAAACUCCUGAAACAAUAGAAAAAUAUAUUAAGGAUAAAUAUCUCUUGCCUCAGUUGGAUACUGAUGAGUUCUCCCCUGAAAAAGUUGGAAGACAGUGGGAGUUUGACUGGUUUGACAGAGCCAAAAUCCUUCCCGAGCCUUCUUUACCACGGACUAUAGUUGUUCCAAAAUGGGAAGCACCUUUUAGACGUCCAAAGGAUCAACAGGAAGGAAGAUGGGAGCCGAAGUCCAUAGAGAUAGAUGUAUCAGAGCUUGCAGCAGGAGCUGAGGAUUUGGGUGCUUUGCCACAAAUUACAGGGCCUCCCAAAGAUUUUGUCAGGGGAAGCAUCACCAACCGACCUUUUCGUCCUGGGGGGCUAGAUGGGUCUCUGGAAAGGACUCUUCCUGGUGAUGCUUCCAGUGGAAAAUGGGUGUUGGAGGUGCUUGGUGGGGGUCAUGCCCAAACCAUUCCUCCAGGCUUCAAACAAGGUCUUGAUCUUGGCAAUCUCAAGGCGCAUUCAUCUUCAUGGAAUGUUUACAAGGAUCAGAAUGAAGUCAAGAGCACAAUAAAUACAAAACUGAAUAAUUUAUCGGUGCAGUUCGAUGACUUAUUUAAGAAGGCUUGGGAAGAAGACAUCGCAGAUUAUUUAGAAGAUGCUGAUGCAAACGAAGAGGUAUCUAUAAAGUCAGAGUCACCUCCAGUAGAUGCUGAGGCCAACAAGCUGGAAGUUGCUGGUGACGUUACAGAGACUGGUAAAUCAGUUUUGGAUGAGAUUCUGUCUGUUGCCUCUGGAGGUUCAACUUUAAGGUUGGACGGAGAAAGGGGCAGUAGUGGACAUGAACAAACAGAGGCUUGGGCUAUAACUGGAGGCAGCAAGGAAAUUGUGGAACGAUUUGAUGAACUUAUACCUGAUAUGGCUCUAACCUUCCCAUUCCAACUUGAUCCGUUUCAAAAGGAGGCCAUCUACUAUCUUGAAAGGGGAGACUCUGUUUUUGUUGCUGCUCAUACAUCAGCAGGGAAGACAGUUGUUGCAGAAUAUGCAUUUGCUUUGGCAUCCAAACAUUGCACUAGAGCUGUUUACACUGCUCCAAUCAAAACUAUCAGCAACCAGAAGUAUAGGGACUUCUGCGGCAAAUUUGAUGUUGGCCUUCUUACUGGAGAUGUUAGCUUGCGGCCUGAAGCCUCUUGUCUCAUCAUGACUACUGAAAUAUUGAGGUCCAUGCUCUAUAGAGGCGCCGAUAUCAUUCGUGAUAUAGAAUGGGUUAUAUUUGAUGAAGUGCAUUAUGUGAAUGAUGCUGAAAGAGGGGUUGUUUGGGAGGAAGUUAUCAUCAUGCUUCCAAGACACAUAAACUUUGUACUUCUUUCCGCAACGGUACCAAACACAAUAGAAUUUGCUGACUGGAUUGGUCGGACAAAACAAAAGAAAAUUUGUGUUACUGGGACAGCUAAAAGACCAGUCCCUUUGGAGCAUUGCCUCUUCUAUUCUGGAGAGCUGUACAAAGUGUGUGAAAAUGAGCAGUUUGUGCCUCAGGGAUUUAAAGUGGCCAAAGAUGUAUAUAAGAAGAACUCAAGUUAUGCCAUAGGUGGCACUGGAGUCUACGGGUCAUCUUCAGCUGCUAGUGAUAGAUCUCGGAAUCAAUGGCAUGACAAUUAUUCUCAAGGAAAACAGCCCAAAGGACCUCAAACUCCAGCAAAUGUUGGUACUGCCCAGAGAAACAAGAACAAUAAUGUUGGCUCGAAUACUAUGGGGCAAUGGAGAGCAGAAGCGUCCGUGUGGCUAUCACUCAUCAAGAAACUGACAACAAAAUCUCUCCUACCUGUAGUUAUAUUUUGCUUUUCAAAAACAAGAUGUGAUAAGUCUGCUGAUAAUCUUCGUGGGACUGAUCUCACAUCUAGCUCUGAGAAAAGUGAAAUCCGCGUAUUCUGUGAUAAAGCUUUUUCACGGCUUAAGGGAUCUGAUCGAAACUUACCACAGGUUGUCAGAAUUCAAAGCCUUCUGCGGAGGGGGAUAGGAGUGCAUCAUGCAGGGCUGCUGCCCAUUGUGAAGGAAGUUGUUGAAAUGCUUUUUUGUCGUGGUGUAGUGAAGGUUCUUUUUUCAACAGAGACAUUUGCAAUGGGAGUUAAUGCUCCGGCAAGAACGGUGGAAGAUAUGCUUAAAAGAAGUUUUGCAGAAUUUCACUCUCAGAAGAAAUUACCAGAGAAACAACAACUUCUGAUGUUAAAGCGUGCACAGUCUAAGAUACCUGUUGAGUGUAUAAAAGGUGAACCUGCAAUUGAGGAAUACUUUGAGAUUUACUCGAAGGCGGAGAAGUAUGAUAAACAGAUCACAGAGACGGUAAUUCAGUCUCAAGCUGCACAAAAGUGUCUUGAUCCUGGGAGAGUUGUGGUUGUUAGAUCACAAAAGGGUAAUGACCAUUUACUGGGAGUUUUGGUGAAAAAAACUCUUAAAAACAACAUUACAAAAUACAUAGUAUUGGUGCUAACACCUGAAUUACCCUCAUCGGUGCAAAAUCAGUUGGAUAAGGGUAGACCCAGCAAUGAAAAAGGUCCUGGCAUGCAGAUACUGAUUCCUAAAUCCAAGCGUGCAGUAGAGGAUGCAUAUUUUACUACAGGCACUUCUCGUAAAGGAUCAGGAGCUGUCAAAAUUAAGUUACCUCACAAUGGCAAUGCAGCUGGGGUAAAUUAUGAGGUUAGAGAAGUUUUGAGUAAGGAGUUCCUCUGCAUAUGCAAUGCAAAAAUUCAGGUUAAUCCAGUCCGGCUUCUUGAAGAUGUUAGUGCUGGAGCCUACUCCCAUACUGUCCAACAGCUUCUAAGUCAAAAAUCUGGAGGAACUAAGUACCCACCUGCCCUGGAUCCUGUUGAAGAUCUAAAGUUGAAAGACAUUGAUCUAGUUGAAGCAUAUCAUAAAUGGAGCAAUCUUUUACAAGACAUGUCCCAAAAUAAGUGUCAUGGAUGUGUUAAGUUGGAUGAGCACAUCGAACUAGCUAGACAAAUGAAGGGUUACAAGGAUGAAUUGAAAAGUUUAGAAUAUGAAAUGUCAGAUGAUGCACUUCAGCAGAUGCCUGAUUUCCUGGGUCGGAUAGACGUGUUGAAGGAAAUUGGCUGCAUAAAUUCUGAUCUUGUAGUUCAAAUAAAAGGUCGUGUGGCUUGUGAAAUGAAUUCUGGGGAGGAGUUGAUCUGCACUGAAUGUUUGUUUGAGAAUCAACUGGAUGAUUUGGAGCCUGAAGAAGCAGUGGCAAUCAUGUCAGCCUUUGUGUUUCAGCAGAAAAAAACUCAAGAACCAUUCCUCACACCAAAACUCUUUCUAGCUAAAAGGAGAUUGUAUGACGCCGCGUUAAGACUAGGGAAGAUCCAACAAGAAUUAAACCUGCAGAUUGAUCCCGAGGGAUAUGCAGCAGAAAAUCUGAAGUUUGGCUUAGUUGAAGUGGUGUAUGAAUGGGCAAAGGGCACUCCAUUUGCAGACAUAUGCCAACUCACAGAUGUUCCUGAAGGAUUGAUAGUGAGAACCAUAGUGAGGCUGGAUGAGACGUGCCGCGAAUUCAGAAGCGCCGCUGCCAUCAUGGGCAACUCUGCCCUUUACAAGAAAAUGGAAACCGCUUCCAAUAUUAUAAAGCGUGACAUCGUCUUUGCAGCUAGCUUGUACAUCACUGGUGUUUAGCCACCACAUUCCCACAACGCCCCUCCCAUAACUUCACAGGUAAUCCGGUUGUGCCUUAGCGGUACCCGUCCUAGUACGCCGGAGUUGCUCUGGACUGCGUUUGGGUGACCAAACCGUUGGAUUGGGGCCCGAUCUAACGGUCUAGCAGCUGUUCGGUAAUAUGGCAAACAAGCUAGUUACGGAGUAUUAGAGUUGUACAGGCAUCCACAAUAUGGGACUAUUCUCUGCGCAUAGGGUUUUUUUUGUUGCCUAAAAGUACGUUUCCAAUUGUCAUUAAUGUAACUAAAUUUAUAAUUCAUACACCAUUUUUCUUUUAAAGAAAUCCGACCACAAUUUCAUACGAGUAAUUUUUAGUUUGGUGCUCGAUCAAGUUGAAAUUUAAAACAUAAGAUAUUAGGGGUAUUAAAUUUCCUCCUUUUUU